CUUAUUCCACAAUUCUCGUAACGGUUUUUAAAAAUUCGAAUCUCACUCAACCAAAACAUAAACAACCAAAACCUCUCAAAUGUUUCACACCUGUAAGAACAAUAGCACCAAUACAAAGACAUAGAAAAAUAUAGAAAGAAAAUAAACAGAAAUAAUUCAUUAUUGAAAAUGAAAUAGCAGUUCUGUUUUGAUAGCGAAAGAUGUAAAACAUAUAUUGAGUGAUAAGCAGCAGCUGUUUUUCCUAUUGUUAAGUCAAUUGAUUAUUAAAGCAUUCCCGCUUUAACAGAACGUCAUAAGAAAUUUUUUAAUUGCUGACGUGUUUAACAUAGAUUUUAAUUAAAAAGUCUGCAAAUGAAUAUUUAUCGGAGUGGUUCAGUUGGAACGGUUGUUCUAUUUCUUAUGUUAUUAGGCAAUGGAUAUUCCAUGAGUCCAUAUGAGAGGGUAAUGAAAAGAGAUGCACCUCAAGGCUUGUAUAGCCCGGCAGAUCACGUAACUGUUUUGACAAGCACAAAUUUCAAUGAAGUCGUAUUUGAUCGACCAGUAGCUUCAUUUGUUGAAUUUUAUAAUAGCUACUGUGGCGCGUGUCAACGAUUUUCCCCAACAUGGAAGAGCUUAGCUAAGAAUGCAACUAAAUGGGGGACCUUUGUUCAAGUGUGUGCUCUUGAUUGUGCUACAGAUGAGAACAAUGAUGUUUGUCGUCAAUACGAAAUUAUGAGAUAUCCAACAAUAAGAUAUUUUCCACCCAAAUAUUUGCGUGGUGAUAAACAAUUAGGAACUAAUUUAGAUCAUUUACUCAUUCCAAAAGAUGCAGCCCUAAUGAAUGAACUAGUCAUGCUUUUACAAAAUGAAACCAAUGGUGGACCUAAUUGGCCAAAAUUCGAAAAAUUCGAUGGUGAUGAAUGGAAUGAAAUUUUUAAUACAGUUCCGUCAAUUAUUCGUUUUGUGUACGUGAUAAGUGAUGAGCUACCUGAAACAAUUGCACAACAAACUCUCCUCGACUAUUCCAGUAGAGAUAAAAUCACAUCGCGAAUUGUUAAUACAAACAAUUUGAAAUUAUUUAAAGAUUACUCGUCAUCAUUUCGAUUGGGUGUUGUGGAACGAAAGACCGGAACAUUCCAAUCACUCACAGUUUACAACGAAUCGAGAGAAGCUUUAAGUUUUGCAAUUAAUGACCAUGUAAAAAACAACCAUAUUUCCUUAAUAUCAACAGAAGCUCCUAAUAUUGAAAAUGCAUCUGAGGAUUCUGUUGGAACAUUACUCGAUAGAUUUUAUUAUGAUAAGGCACGAGCAUUGUCACCUAUGCCAUUAUUUAGAGCAGAUUUAGAGCAAGCAAUUAGAUACAGUCUGGGUCAUGAAGUAACUCAACAACAAGUAAUUUCUGGCGAAUAUUUAAGUGCUCUUCGUGCUUUCGUUUCUGUCUUGACACGCUAUUAUAAUUUUGGUAAUAAAAAUUCGUACAAGAAGCUUUUGGAUUUCCUAAUGGAACCGUCAAGGACAGAAGUUCGUGGAGAUGAAUUGCAAACAUUCAUGAGUAAACUGAGUCCGCCCAUAGUUCAUGACAGUAGAUAUGUUGGAUGUUUUAGUUCAAAACCAGGUCUCAGGAGGUUUCCAUGCUCUUUAUGGUCACUUUUCCAUCAUUUAACUGUACAGCAUUUAGACAGUGAUCUCAAAGAUGCAGAUCAAGAUCCAUUAGAAGUUCUACAUGCAAUGCAUGGCUACAUAAAACAUUUCUUCGGUUGUACAGAAUGCAGUAAACAUUUUCAAGAAAUGGCUAAACGUAAUCACAUUUGGAACGUUACUAGCAGAGAUCAGGCAGUCUUAUGGUUGUGGAGCUCACAUAAUGAGGUUAAUAAGAGACUUCAUGAUGACCUUACAGAAGAUGAAAAUCACCCAAAAAUACAAUUUCCAGCAGAAGAGCAUUGCCACGUGUGUCAUAAAAAGAAUGGCAUUAAGGAAUGGGACAAAACAGAAGUUCUAGAAUUUCUUCGUCGUCACUACGGAAAUGAGCAUGUCUCUAAUUUGGGGUAUUACGAAACAUUGCCAAACGCAAAAUUAUUCAAUGCAAGAGCUCGACAAAUCUUUUCAGGUGAUGCACAUCUACAUAUUGGUGUUCUUGCAUAUGUAGUCAUAAUAAUUUGCCUAAUGAUUGUCGCCGUUCGAUUCUACUUCCGACGUGGCUACCGAAAAAAGUUAUAUCCACAUGAUAUAUUGGGAAAAGUGUAAGAAUAUGGAAAAAAAAAACAUGACAUACAAGUGCCUUUGUGAAAUUUUAAUGUUACCAUCAGGUAUAUGAAUGUCAAUGAGAUAAGAAUGGAAAAAAGUUUUAUGAACAAAAAUUUAAAUUAAUUUUAAUGUGUGUAAUAAAUAAAUUGCAAUUUUCUACUUUACUUGCUUUAGAAUUUACUGCCGCAUUGUUGCGACGAAAUUUCUAAAGUGCUGUAAAUUGAAUAUUUAUAUACGAAAAUAAAAUAAACUAUUUUGAUGUGUAUAUACAAAAGGCAGACACUUGAUUCCAUCAAAUAGCCAAAAAAAUUAUCUUGGAAACGUGUCACAUGAAAUUAAAUUAGGGAAAAAUAUUUGUGUUGAUAUUGAGAACUUAUUGUAAAUUAUCAGUGAAAUUAUAUUCGGCUUCCUUAUUGUGAAUUUAUGAAAUUCUUCUUUUUCUUGGGGCAACUAAGUGAAUAAAUAAAAGAGAAAAGAAAAUCUGUGA